AUGAAAUUUAUUAUUAUUCUUGUAUUAUUUGGACACAUUAACUUUUCUGGAAGUCAAACGUGCCAAUGCAUUCAACCAGAUCCAUCCGCAUUCAAUUGCCUCGGAUACGACAGUAAACUUCAAGCAGAUACAAUAGAUGAAGCAAUUGCUUCAUUCCCCGAUUUAUCAAUGAAUGAUCCGAAUUCUGAUCAGACACAAUCAGAUGUUGGAUGUGUCACUCAACAAUGUCAAGAUUGCAGGAAAGAUAUGAGAAAACAACUUCAAAAAGUCGGUCUUCUUGCCAAAGAUAUAAAUGACAUCAUCUCUACUCAAGUGGACACAAAUUCAACAUGCACCAAAUACCGAUUUUCGAUUGAUAAGCAGAAACAGAGCAAAAAAGAAGACGACGAUGAUUCAGACAGUGAUGAAUCUGAAGAAAAGGAAGAACAUAAAAAGAAGAAGGAAAAGAAGCAUAAGCGAGAUAAGCGACAAGUUAUGCCAAUGGGAACUGUCAAUUCAACUGACCCUAAUUUGAUUGGGACCCGAUUCACUAUCUCAUGUGCUCACAAAGGAACUGCAGUUGAUCCAACUGGAACUGUUUCAUUAUGUUCAUCUUGUUGGGUCUGGAGACGACUUCCGGACAAUUAUCGCCCACAAUAUAUUAAUGAACUCGUUUGUGAUAACACUGAUGGUGACUGUUUGAGUGGUUAUGCAACUUGUACAAUUGGACAUCGUACCUUUGAAGCAACCAGAAAUGACAAUGGAGUUAUGACACAAGUGAGCCUUACUGCUGGAUCGUAUUGUGAAUGCAGAAUAUCCAAGAGUUCUUCCUUACAGUCUCUCGUUGAUGGCAAUGGUAUUAGUGGAACUUACAAUCCUCUUAGCAACACUACAGGUGUUACAGGAGCCUUGUAG